GAAGCAAUCUAUCCAUUAUCGUAUUUGGGAAUGUUUGUGGAGAAGAGAGUACAGUAAUCCAGACAGGACAUCCCAAUAUUCGCCAAAUAGCUUAAAGGCAGCGUAAUCGAGACAAAAUUUAUAAACUCCAUUUGAUAAAACUUCCCUCAGGUCCGAACCAAACAUAACAAACAUAACCUUGCUGACACAUUCUGCCCGACGCACGUACAAAGACCCCGAAACUUGACCCCUUUUCGAGAGGCCCUCUUCUCCAGAAAGAGACGUUGUAAUUGCUAGAAAAAGGACGUUGCAGAAAAAUAAAGUUUUGCUUUCAAAAUCUGAAGAAUAAUAGUGCAAAUUCUAGUACAAAGUUUGAAUUUUUCAUAGAGGAAGAGAGGAGGAAGAUUAUUCAUUCAGCUAAACUACUAGGGAGCUAAUGGGAAGUGGAUUCAGGCUCAUCUUUGAUUGUAUUUUGCUGCUGAUGCUUUUUGGUAUCUGCCAGAGCAGCACUGUUGGAGUGUGCUAUGGAAGAAAUGCUGAUGAUCUACCUACUGCAGAUAAAGUUGUACAACUUAUCCAACUUCACAAUAUUAAAAAUGUGAGAAUAUAUGAUUCCAACAUCCAGAUUCUCAAGGCAUUUGCAAACACUGGAAUUGAGCUCAUGAUUGGGAUCUCCAACUUAGACUUGUUACCAUUUGCUCAAUUCCAAUCUAAUGCCGAUACGUGGUUGAAAAAUAGCAUUCUUCCUUACUAUCCUGCCACAAAAAUCACGUAUAUUACUGUUGGUGCUGAAGUUACUGAAGCCCCCAACAAUGUCUCGGCAUUGGUAGUUCCUGCUAUGCAAAACGUUUUCACAGCUCUAAGAAAAGCUGGCCUUCAUAGGAAGAUCAAAGUCUCGAGUACCCAUUCUUUGGGUAUUUUGUCCCGGUCAUUUCCACCUUCUGCAGGGGCUUUUAACAGUAGCCAUGCUUUCUUUCUAAGACCCAUGUUGGAGUUUCUUGCUGAGCAUCAGUCACCUUUUAUGGUAGACAUAUACCCUUACUAUGCAUAUAGAGAUUCCUCCAGCAAUGUGUCCCUGGACUAUGCGCUAUUCGAGUCAUCUUCUGAAGUUAUUGAUCCAAACACGGGUUGGCUAUAUACAAAUAUGUUUGAUGCCCAGAUUGAUGCAAUUUAUUUUGCCUUGAUGGCCUUGAAUUUCCGAACAAUUAAAAUUAUGGUAACUGAGACCGGAUGGCCUUCUAAGGGAUCCCCCAAGGAGACUGCUGCUACUCCAGAUAAUGCACAAACUUACAAUACUAAUCUGAUCCGUCAUGUCAUAAACGAUACCGGUACUCCUGCAAAGCCAGGGGAGGAAAUAGAUGUUUAUAUAUUUUCAUUGUUCAAUGAAAAUAGGAAACCUGGUCUAGAAUCUGAGAGAAACUGGGGCUUAUUUUUCCCUGACCAGACAAGUGUUUAUAACCUUGACUUCACAGGAAGAGGUUCUUUGGACACGACUACAGGUUCUAACAUCACCAGUUCAAAUGGAACGUCGUGGUGCAUUGCAUCACCUACUGCUUCUGAAGAUGAUUUAAGAAAAGGUCUUGAUUGGGCUUGCAGUUCUGGAAAUGUGGACUGCUCUGCUAUUCAGCCUAGCCAGCCUUGCUUUGAGCCAGAUAGCCUGGCAUCUCAUGCUUCCUAUGCAUUCAACAGUUACUACCAGCAGAAUGGAGCUACUGAUAUUGCUUGCCGUUUUGGAGGAGCAGGGAUCAGAACAAACAAGAAUCCAAGCUAUGACAACUGUUUAUAUAUGACACUUGGGAGCAACAAAACUGCUGCGAGUAAUGCAACAGUGAGUCCUUCAAGAUCUUCAUCCUCAGUAGAAAAAGUUUCCGUAUGGAUUCCAGGUUGUUUGCUGAUGGCUUUCCUUCCAUUUCUCUAAAUCCUCAGACGUUUUUGCCCUAGACAGAAUUGUCUUUUGGAAGUAGAUUAUUUUUUGCAGAUAAGAUUAGAAUCCCUCUUGACAAACAAGGAAUGAACCUUCAAAUGUGAUUAUGUAUUUUAAAGUUGCAUGUUGAGAUUGUAUAGCAAUUAGCCCUCUAAAUUUUGAAAAUCCAUUACCCCUCCCCCAAAGCAAAUGGGAUAGAUAUUAGAUAUUUUAUUCUCUUGGGGAGAGAGGGCACACGAAAAUCCAAGCUGAAAGCUCAAGUUUGAGUAAUGACUGAACUCUCUGUUGGAUACUUGUUUGCAAGUCUAGCUAAACCCCAAAUUUAAGCCAAAUUUGAUAUUUUGAACUGCAAUCUUUCUUGGGUUGUCAAUUCCAAUUCCAUUAUACUUGUUUGAGAUAUGAAAGAUUGUAAAGAAUAAUCUUUAUUAUAUUU